AUGAUUGAUUUACAAAAACAAGCGAAAUAUCUUGAAGAAACCAAUUUCCGUCUAAUGGAUGAAAAAUCAAAUCUCGAACAUGAAUAUAAACAGACAAAAUUAUUACAAACUCAAAUUGAAUUUCAUAAAAAAAUCAAUCAGACAUUGAAUCAGAAAAUUAGUGAAAUACAAAUUACGGUUGAUAAUAUCGUACUCGAACGAAGACAUGCAGCAGAACUUCUCGAUCUAGUUACUGCAGAGAAAGAGAGUCUAAUGAAUGAAAUUAAAUUGUUGCGAAAAGCAAAUAAAAACUUACGUAUUAUUAGUUUUGAUGAUGGUAAUAUUAAAUGUAGUAACGAUUGUAUAGAUGAUCGAUCGAUUCAUUUAGAUGUUGUUCAAACAAAUUCACAAGAUCAAUUUACUGUAUCACUUGAAGAUCUCAAAAAUUUGAAUUCACCUGCCGAUGUCAGGAAACAUCUUAUUCAUUCACUACAGGAAGAAAAUCAUAGCGAACAGAUCUUACUACUUGAAGCCGAUUAUCAACAACUCAAAGAUCAAAAUAAUCAAUUAACCAAUGAUUUAUGGAUGGCAAAUCAAAAAAUUCUCGAAUUGAAUGCAACACUCAAAGAUACAACGACACUUGUGGAUAACAGUACUGAAGUGGCCGAUUUGAAAAAAUCGCUCAAUUAUGCUAUGUCUCAGUAUGAACAGGAAUCUAUUCGAAUGCAAAGUCAAAUAAAUGAAUUAAAACAAAAAUUAGAAAUGAUCGAACAACAACUGACAGAAAAGGAUGCAUUGCUAAUGAAGAAAGCUGAAGAAAUCGAUGCUUUAGAAAAAUAUUAUCUUCAAUAUUUAGAAAAGGCUAAGAUGAUCAUACGUCAAAUGGAUCCACAUAGUAGUCAUUCUUUUAUCAAUCGCAAGGUACAAUCAUUACAACAACAACUUGAUGAAAAAAACCGACGUUUAUGCGAACUUGAAAAAAAAAAUAUGAGAAAAUACAAAUUGCCCGUGAUGAUCGAAGGAAAUGACUGA